CUUCAAAUGAGGAUUUUGUUCAUAUUAAAACGUUUCUAUAUAUUUGAGACACGCGCCAUAAACUGACUGACUUGUAGCAGACUGCCAAAGCGCUGUGGUGUUCUUUUAUCCUGAUGGUCGUUCUCGUUUCGCUUUGCAUUGUGGGAUCGCUCUCCGUGUUUCCCUCAGUUGAUCAAGAUGGCCGCGAAUAAUUUGUGGAGGGGCUUUAGCUGAAUUCACGCCUCACUCGGAGCGAUUGUGAUGUUGAGAGUCCCGAUUCGUACGCCCGCCUCAAAACACCUGCCGAAGAUUGCCGCGUGACCACCUUUUGGUCUUGAGUUCAGAGCUGUAGAAGAGUGUGAUAUUGGCCACCUCAAGCAAUUCUAAUGAAGCGAGCGGCUGCAAAGCAUUUAAUCGAGCGCUACUACCACCAGUUAACAGAGGGCUGUGGAAAUGAGGCCUGCACGAAUGAGGCUUGUGGCUCUUCACCGGUUUUCCAGCGCUUGGAUAACAAUGCAGCGGCCAUCAAGGCCCUGGAGUUGUAUAAGAAUAAUGCCAAACUGUGUGAUCCUCAUCCCUCUAAGAAAGGAGCCAGUUCAGCCUUCCCAGAGAACAGUGCCAAAGGAGCUCACAACUUCUCUGCGUGCAGUAACGGGAAGAUGAACCAUAAGGAACUGCAACCCACACGGGAGGACUUUAGAGAUCUGAAUGACUUGACGGAGGAGAAGGUGUAUGAAAUUCUGAGCCUCUGUAGUGAGACCGGGGACUAUUCUCCUUUAAUCCGUGUCAUCGGUAGGGUUUUCUCCAGCGCGGAGAGCCUGGUCCAGAGUUUCCGCAAGGCAAAGCAGCACACCAAGGAGGAGCUCAAGUCCCUCCAGGCCAAGGAUGAAGACAAGGACGAAGAUGAGAAAGAGACGGCUUCCGGUUCAUCCGCAGCCAUGGAGGUGGAAGCCGAGUCCUCAGCGUCAGCCGGGGAGGGGUCGUCUCACGGGGAGAACAACGUGCAAAGGUUGGGCCCCGUAGAAGUUUCUGUAGACAUCGAAGCGGUAAGAAGAGUGUAUGACAGACUGUUAUCGAACGAGAAGAUCGAAGCAGCAUUCCUCAACGCAUUAGUCUACUUGUCGCCCAAUGUAGAAUGUGACCUCACCUAUCACAACGUGUAUGCAGCCGACCCCAAUUACCUGAACGUCUUCAUCAUCAUCAUGGAAAACAGUAACCUCCACAGUCCGGAGUAUCUGGAGAUCGCCCUGCCGCAGUUCUGCAAGGCCAUGAGCAAGCUACCUCUACCCGCUCUGGCCAAGCUGGCACGGUUGUGGUCGCAGUACGGCGUCGACCAGAUACGACGACUGGUGGAGACCUUCCAGCAGCUAAUAACCUACACGGUCAUCAGCAACGAGUUCAGCAGCGACAACCUGGUCAACGAGGACGAUGGUGUGGUGGCGGCUAACAAGUGCUUGAAAAUCGUCUACUAUGCAAACGUUCUGGGCGGCGACCUGGACAUGGAUCACAACGAGGAGGAGGACGAUGAACCCAUCCCAGAGUCCAGCGAGCUGACCCUGCAAGAGCUGUUGGGGGAGGAAAGACGCAAUAAGAAAGGCCCACGCGUGGACCCGCUAGAGACGGAACUGGGCAUCUGUACCUCGGACUGUCGAAAACCCCUUAUCCCCUUUGAGGAGUUCAUCAAUGAACCUCUUAAUGAUGUGCUGGAAAUGGACAAAGAUUACACCUUCUUUAAGGUGGAGACAGAAAGCAAGUUCUCCUUUAUGACGUGUCCGUUCAUUCUUAACGCUGUGACAAAGAAUCUAGGGCUGUACUAUGACAACCGAAUCCGCAUGUACAGUGAGCGCAGGAUUACUGCCCUCUACAGUCUGGUGCAGGGACAGCAACUCAACCCCUAUCUGCGACUCAAAGUGCGCAGAGACCACAUCAUAGAUGAUGCUCUUGUCAGGCUGGAGAUGAUUGCUAUGGAAAACCCAGCAGACCUGAAGAAGCAGCUGUAUGUGGAGUUUGAAGGAGAGCAGGGAGUUGAUGAAGGAGGAGUAUCUAAAGAGUUCUUUCAACUGGUUGUAGAGGAGAUCUUUAACCCAGAUAUAGGCAUGUUUACCUAUGAUGAAAGCACAAAACUUUUCUGGUUCAACCCUUCAUCUUUUGAAAAUGAUGGCCAGUUCACCUUGAUAGGCAUUGUAUUGGGCCUAGCUAUCUACAAUAACUGCAUUCUUGAUGUCCACUUCCCUAUGGUGGUUUACAGAAAACUGAUGGGAAAGAAAGGAACGUUUCGAGACCUUGCAGACUCUCAUCCGGUUCUUUAUCAGAGUCUGAAUGAUCUCCUUCAGUAUGAGGGUAAUGUGGAGGAAGAUAUGAUGAUUACCUACCAGAUCUCACAGACAGACCUGUUUGGAAACCCACUAAUGUAUGAUUUAAAGGAAGGUGGCGACAAAAUCCCAGUUACCAAUGAAAGCAGAAAGGAAUUUGUGGCCCUUUAUGCAGAUUACAUGCUAAACAAAAGUGUAGAGAAGCAGUUCAAGGCCUUCAGAAGAGGAUUCCACAUGGUCACGAAUGAAUCCCCAUUGAAGUAUCUGUUUCGAUCAGAAGAAAUUGAGCUGCUUAUAUGUGGCAGCAGGAAUCUCGACUUUCAAGCACUUGAAGAUAGUACAGAGUACGAUGGUGGAUACAACAAAGAUUGCCACAUUAUUAAAGAUUUUUGGGAGACUGUGCACUCGUUUGGACAGGAACAGAAGAGGCUGUUUCUACAGUUCACCACUGGCACAGAUAGAGCUCCUGUUGGAGGUUUGGGCAAACUCAAGAUGAUCAUUGCCAAAAAUGGCCCCGACUCAGACAGGUUACCCACCUCUCAUACUUGCUUCAACGUGCUGCUCCUCCCUGAAUACUCCACCAAGGAGAAACUUAGAGAGAGACUCCUUAAAGCCAUCACUUACGCCAAAGGCUUCGGCAUGCUCUGAGACACUAGGAUCCGCGAAAGAACUCGCUCGUUUGUCCGUUAAAGGAGAAAUCUUUUACAUCGACAAGUUAAAAUAAAUAUCAAGUUUAAACGUAAGGCAACGUGAAAUGGGUUUAAAUGGGAACGUUCUGGUGACCGUGCGCCUGUGCCUAAAAAAGUUGAUUAAACCACACUGGACUCUU